GCCCUUCGUGAAAUGUUCUUGGUUGAACUGCCUACAUUGCAGUGUGUAGGGGGACGCGCUGCCCGGGACUAGGCGGUAUCCUGAUAGUCUACGCUCUGGAAUUGACUGGCGCUCGAAAGGACUUUCGGUAGAUUGAAUAGCGUAACAGCAAUAUUUUGCACUGAAAAAAAAGGAAACAAGGACAGCAAACAUGGCGGUCGAAGAGGAAGGGCUCCGAGUCUUCCAGAGCGUCAAAGUAAAAAUUGGAGAGGCAAAGAACAUUCCACCCUACCAUGGACCCAACCGCAUGAGGGACUGCUACUGCACUGUGAACCUAGAUCAGGAAGAAGUGUUCAGAACCAAGAUCAUAGAGAAGUCCCUCUGUCCUUUCUAUGGAGAAGACUUCUACUGUGAAAUACCAAGAAGCUUCCGACACCUUUCUUUCUACAUAUUUGACAGAGAUGUCUUCAGAAGGGACUCCAGCAUUGGUAAGGUUGCGGUGAAGAAAGAGGACCUACAGAAAUACCAUGGAAAAGACACCUGGUUCCCACUGCAACCUGUCAGUGCUGACUCGGAAGUACAGGGAAAAGUUCACCUUGAGCUGCGUCUCAGUGAGGUCAUCACAGACAGCGGGGCUGUCUGUCAUAAACUGGCCACACGGGUACUGGAGUGCCAUGGCCUACCCAUCGUCAAUGGCCAGUGUGAUCCUUACGCUGCUGUGUCCUUGCUGGGCCCCUCCAGAUCGGAGGCCAAGAAGACUAAAGUAAAGAGGAAAACCAACAAUCCUCAGUUUGACGAAGUAUUUUAUUUUGAGGUGACCAGACCCCUGAGCUACACCAGAAGACAGUUUGAUGUGGAAGAGGAGGAUGUAGACAAGCUGGCCCUGCGGGUGGACUUGUGGAACGCCAGCAACCUGAAGUUUGGAGAUGAGUUCCUUGGGGGGGUACGAGUGCCAUUGAGGGUAUUGGGACAGGCAGGAACCCAUGAUGCAUGGUACUUCUUGCAACCCAGGGACAAUGGCAAUAAACCUGUGAAGGCAGAUGAAUUGGGUUCGCUGAGGCUAAACAUCGUUUACACAGAGGACCAUGUCUUCCCCUCGGAGCACUACAGCCCACUCCGAGACCUAGUGCUGCACUCAGCUUCUGUGGAGCCUGUGUCAGCAUCAGCAGCUCAUAUCCUGGGGGAGGUGUGCAGAGAGAAACAGGAGGCCGCUAUCCCCUUAGUGCGCCUUUUCCUGCACUGUGGAAAGAUUGUGCCUUUUGUCAGCGCCAUCGCCCAGGCCGAGGUCAGCCGGACCCAGGACCCCAACACCAUCUUCAGAGGGAACUCACUCACAUCCAAAUGCAUCGAUGAAACCAUGAAACUAGCAGGGAUGCACUAUUUGCAGGUCACAUUGAAACCCAUCAUUGAUGAGAUCUGCGCAGACCGCAAACCCUGUGAGAUUGACCCCGUCAAAUUGAAGGAAUCAGAAAGCCUGGAGACCAACAGAGAGAACCUGCGGCAGUAUGUUGAUCGCAUCUUUAAUGUCAUCACCACUUCUGGCGUGCGUUGCCCAACUGUCAUGUGUGACAUCUUCUUCUCACUGCGGGAAUCUGCUGCCACGCGUUUUGAAGUUGACCAGGAUGUGAGAUACACAGCAGUUAGUAGUUUUAUCUUCCUCCGGUUCUUUGCCCCGGCGAUCCUUUCCCCCAACCUGUUCCAGCUACGGCCUCACCAUCCGGACCCUUGCACGUCCCGCACUCUCACGCUCAUCUCCAAGACCAUCCAGACUCUGGGGAGCCUCGCCAAGUCCAAGUCUGCUAGCUUCAAAGAAUCCUACAUGGCUGCAUUUCAUGACUACUUCAAUGAGCAGAAAUAUGCAGAUGCCGUGAAAAAUUUUCUGGAUUUAAUCUCUUCUUCUGGGCAAUGGGACCAGAGGAGCAUUGAGACCCCCAUCAUGCUGAAAGAGGGAUUUAUGAUUAAAAGAGCACAAGGCAGGAACCGCUUUGGUAUGAAGAACUUCAAAAAGAGGUGGUUUCGACUCACGAAUCACGAGUGUACGUACCAUAGAACCAAAGGUGAGGGUGCUCUCUGCAGCAUUCCCAUUGAAAACAUCAUGGCUGUGGAGCGAUUGGAAGAGGAGUCCUUCAAGAUGAAGAAUAUGUUCCAGGUCAUCCAGCCAGAGCGUGCACUCUAUAUCCAGGCUAACAACUGUGUGGAGGCACGGGACUGGAUAGACAUCCUUACCAAGGUCAGCCAGUGCAACCACAAACGUCUGAGCACCUUUCACCCCUCCGCCUACCUCAACGGACACUGGCUCUGCUGCAAGCUGUCUUCAGACUGCGCCCCAGGAUGCAGCCCCUGCACCGGAGGCCUGCCAGCUAAUAUCCAGUUGGAUGUGGAUGGAGACCGAGAGUCAGAGAGGAUCUACACACUCUUCAGUUCCUACAUGUCCAAACUGGUCAAGAUGCAAGAGGCAUGCGGGAGUAAGUCGGUGUAUGAUGGACCCGAGCUUGAGGAGUACUCCAGCUUCGUCAUCGACGACCCCCAGGAGACGUACAAGACCCUGAAGCUGAUCGUCUCCGCUGUGCAGACCCUGGAGCAGCAGCACACGCAGUACAGGCGAGACAAGUUCAGAAAGACCAAGUACGGCAGCCAAGAGCAUCCAAUCGGUGACCAGAGUUUCCAGUGCUACAUCCGGCAGCAGUCAGAGAGCUCCACCUACUCAAUCUGACCCCAUUGGUGAUCAACAUAGACCUAUAUAUGUCUAUGGUGAUCGAUGGCACAUCUGGUCCUGCAGCUACACGGAUGGAUCAUUAUGUGUGCAACAGUAAGAGAGCAGGAAACAAACAAUGCAUCGAUGUUUCAGCUCAGACGAACAAAACUAAUCAUCAGAGUUAAAUGUGUGUCAAACCCCACACACUUCAAACAGCUGCAUGACAAAAGCAAAACAAGGACCAAUGUCUUUUUCUGUUGUAAUUCCAUUCAUAUUUCUAUCGUGAUGUAAUAAUCAGUGUGCUACGCCAUUUGGUACACCAGUGAGAGUUCCCAGCGUUGCCAGUACUUGCCAGUCUUUGGUGAAAAGACACUUUCAGAAUUUGAAAGCAUUCCUGUAAACCUUCUUAUGUAUAUCUUGAGUCCAACAUGAACCUACAAUGAGGUGUUCAUUUGCUCUAGGGACUCUAUAUUCUGUUCUCUAUAUGUAUGUAUGCAGUGGCCAAAGCCGAAUCAUACCAUCUGAUACCAUUUCUACGGCACAAACCUGUGAAUGGACAGAUGGCUAAAUAAGAUGCUUCCUCAAGGAUAUGGAUUAGCUCAGGCAAUUAUUUUUCUACAACAAAUUUCCUGGGGGUUCAAGGUGUCUUUUUCCAUUCUUGUAGUUGUUGUCGUGUGCAAUCAUUUUUUAAGCAAUGCAUUUUCUUAUCUUUGUCUAUGGGAAGAUAUCAAGGUAUUAUGUGUUUCUGUUCAGUGUGUGAGAAAAUUAAAUGAAUUUGUGUGCGUGUGUGUGUGUGUGUGUGUGUGUGUGUGUGUGCGUGUGUGUCUGUGUGUGUGUGUGCGUGUGUGUGUGCGUGUGCGUGUGCGUCUGCGCGUGUGCGUGUGUGUGUGUGUGUGCAGCUUGUUAUAAAUAUUGGCAGUCAGGACUUCAGUGUUAAGUGAUUAUGAGGCAGGGAGAAGAAUGCAUGUGUUCUUUGUGGCAUCGAUGUCACAGUUUUUUAAAACUUUUCCAUGGUGAGACUAAAAGUUCCCAUACAAUCCAAGAAACCUCUUCGUAGUUUCAUGUUUCAUCCUUUUUAAAUUUGGUUUGUAUGAAGGUGACUACCUUGAUAUGUAUUCCCCUGCAAUACCUGACUUUUUAAUAUACUGUAGAAACAGACUCAAUUUCUUGGACCCACAAAGUUAUGCCACAGUAUUUAUUUUUAUAACAUGUUUUUAUGAAAUUGUAUGGUUAUGCCAAUUGUCUGGAGACGCACAGUGAUUUUUUUGUUUGUGCAUAUGAUUGCUUGUCAGUCACAUUUGAUAAACAAUUGAUACAAAUAACAUCGUUAUCUACCUUCAUAUAAAAGGGGAGCCUUUUUUCCAAACACACCUUAUGAACAGAAACUAUUGUAUUUUGUAUAACUUUAUUAUGAGCAUUAAAAAGUUAUGUGAUAUGUGUACAGGAACUGAAUUGAAAAUCAAAAUGAGUGUAAUUUCAUCGAAAUGAAGGAAUUUGAGUUA